AUGCCCAAGAAAUCCGGUUUAAAACGAAAUUCACGUACCUCCAAUAAAGCAACUGCACAAGUAUCUAUAAGCAAAAAAGUAUAUGUACGAGCAUCUACAAGCAAAAAAGCAUCUGCACAAGUGUCUACAAGCAAAAAAGCACCUGCACAAGUGUCUACAAACAAAAAAGUAUCUGCACAAGCAUCUAUAAGCAAAAAAACACCUGCACAAGUAUCUAUAAGCAAAAAAAUACUUGCAAAAGCAUCUUCUAGCAUAAAAGCACCUGCACAUGUGCCUAUAGGUAAAAAAGUAUCUACAUCUUCAGGCAACAAAAAAGAAUUUUCUGCUGAAGAUACUCAAUUUCAUUCUCGCUUACCAAACUCCUAUUCUCGUACUCGAUCACCACGCUUCUGUUCUUAUUCUCGAUCACCACAUUCUCAUUCCUGA